UUAAUCUAAAAUAUAAAAAAAUGUUACGAGUAUUGAUUCGUAAACCUUAUUACAAACUUUUAACAUCUCAUAACCAUACAGUCUACUCGCAAACUCGAUGUUUAGGUUACACCAGCUCGACGCGGAAAAAUUCAGGAAGUGACGAUUGCGGUCGAGCAGAUGCGUGUAUCGAUAAACCGAUAAAAUGGCCAAGCGGAAAGAGGACUAAUUUUGACUUCCAUGAAGAAACCGAAGCCGCGAUGAACGAGCAGAUAAAUGUGGAGCUGAUGGCAUUUUAUUAUUAUUUAUCAAUGGCUGCACACUUUGGUCGUGUGGACGUUGCUCUACCUGGCUGCGAGUCAUUCUUCAUGCAAAUGCAUCACGAGGAACAUGAGCACGCAUCGAAAUUUCUUAACUACAUACAAAUGCGAGGCGGCAAGGUGCAUCUAUGUGCUAUAUCGCCGCCAGACAACCAAGAUUGGAAAUGUCCGUUGCAUGCAUUCAAAACGGCAUUACAGCUGGAAAUUGAAGUUGGUAGAAAACUGGUGGCGGUGAAUACUGUAGCGGAGAAACAUGGUGACCUGAAUGCGAGUGACUUCAUUAUCACCGGCUUCAUGGAAGAUCAGAUGAGGAGCGUGAACGAAUUGGGGAAAUUAACGACCGUGUUGUCAGGCGUUGGAGAUCAAGCCCUGGCACGAUUUAUGUUUGACAAGGAUUUACUCGAGAACUACGUCAAACCCGGUUUCAAUGUUCUGAAAAAUAAAUCUCAACAAAGGACGAUAGACAAAUAGCUGCAUAUGUCCCCGUAUGAAAUUAUUUUUCAUGAUAUACAAUAUAUUGUUACAUCUCUACUGUUUUUUACUACGUUCUUUGUAAAGUCCACCUUUAUAAAAUUUUCUAAUCCAAA